AUCGAGCGACUGGAAGUCAGCAGCCUAGCGCAGACCUCCAGUGCAGUGGCCUCAAGCACUGAUGGCAGCAUCAAUGCAGACUCUGUUGAUGGGACCCCAGAUCCUCAGCGUACAAAAGUGGCUAUCACACACCUGCAACAGAAGAUACUGAAGUUGACUGAGCAGAUCAAAAUCGAACAAACAGCCCGUGAUGACAAUGUGGCAGAGUAUCUGAAACUGGCCAACAAUGCAGACAAGCAACAGAGUGCCCGCAUUAAGCAAGUGUUUGAGAAGAAGAAUCAAAAGUCAGCCCAGACCAUCUUGCAGCUGCAGAAGAAACUAGAACAUUACCAUCGAAAGCUGCGGGAGAUUGAACAGAAUGGCAUCCCUCGGCAGCCAAAGGAUGUCUUCAGGGAUAUGCAUCAGGGUUUGAAAGAUGUUGGAGCGAAAGUCACUGGCUUCAGUGAGGGAGUAGUAGACAGUGUAAAAGGUGGGCUUUCCAGUUUUUCCCAAGCCACGCAUUCAGCAGCAGGAGCUGUGGUUUCCAAACCCCGGGAGAUUGCCUCCCUCAUACGGAACAAGUUUGGGAGUGCAGACAACAUUGCUAAUCUGAAAGACUCCUUAGAAGAAGGCCAGGAAGAUGGGACAGGAGGCAAGGGUCUAGGUGUCAUUCAGAACUUCCAGUCAAGCCCAAAAUAUGGCAGUGAAGAGGAUUGCUCCAGUGCCACGUCGGGCUCAGUGGGAGCCAACAGCACAACAGGGGGCCCUGUGGGAGCUUCUAGCUCCAAAACAAACACUCUGGAUAUGCAGAGCUCAGGGUUUGAUGCAAUACUGCAUGAGAUUCAAGAAAUUCGAGAGACACAGGCAAGACUGGAAGAAUCGUUUGAGGAUCUUAAGGUUCGCUAUCAGAGGGAUUACUCAUUAAUAAUGCAGACUCUGCAGGAGGAGCGGUACAGAUGUGAAAGACUCGAAGAGCAGCUAAAUGACCUGACUGAGCUCCACCAGAACGAGAUCCUCAAUUUAAAACAGGAGCUGGCCAGCAUGGAGGAGAAAAUCGCCUAUCAGUCUUACGAGCGAGCCCGGGACAUCCAGGAGGCACUGGAAGCAUGCCAGACCCGCAUCUCCAAGAUGGAGCUGCAGCAGCAGCAGCAGCAAGUGGUGCAACUGGAGGGGCUGGAGAACGCCACAGCCAGGAACCUGCUGGGGAAGUUCAUCAACAUCCUCCUGGCUGUCAUGGCUGUCCUCCUUGUCUUCGUCUCCACUGUGGCCAACUGCGUCGUGCCCCUCAUGAAGACCCGCAAUAGGACGUUCAGCACUUUAUUUAUAGUGAUUUUCAUUGCCUUUCUGUGGAAGCACUGGGAUGCCAUCACCGGCUACUUGGAACGGUUCUUGUCUCCCCCCAGAUGAUGGCGGCAGGAAUUGGCUGUGUCGCCCUCCUUCUGGCGCUCCCAGUGAGCCAGCGUGGCAAAGAUGAGUCAGCAACUACUCCGCUGAAGUUUUAAAGUGUCCGAGUGAAUUUGUUUACAUUUAGAAUAACGUUUUUUCUCUGCGAGAUGCAUUGCAAUAGUAUUUUUUAGAUUUUAUUGAAGAACUCUUUUUGGCGAGAAUCCUGGAUAAUUUUUAUGUAGCAUGGUUCUCUUUGGAUGCAAAUCUUAAGAUUCUUUAAAGUGUACAAAAGAAAUAAA